AUGACUUGUGUCAACAGGGUAAAGAAAGAUAUGUUACGGACUUCCACACUGAAAACAAAAUAUAAGACAUUUACGAAAGGGUGUAAAGUACGUCAGUGUUCUGAAUGUCAGGGAGACACGGAAUUUUACUGCAACACAUGUAAACAUGGCCUUUGUUUACAAUGCAAAGAAAAACAUGCUUUUGAUUUUGAUACUUUCUACCAUGAUGUCGUGUUCUACCGUGAGAUAUUCAAAAACGUAACAAAAUACGAUACCUGCUUGAGACAUCCAAAGAAAAUUUGCAAAAAGUUCUGUUAUUCAUGUGAACUUCCAGUUUGUCCAAAAUGUACAGACCAUAAUGAACACGAUGUACUGGACAUUUUAACAGCAAAAGCAAUAAGAUGGCAUGAGUACAGUGACAUCAUUUACGACAUUAAAAAUGAUUUUUUCUGUGAAAGUUUAUCUGUUUUGGUAGGAAUCAAAACUGAUAUGAUAACUUGUAAAACAGAAAUUUCCAGAUGCCAUUCAGAGAUGUCAUUAAAAGCCCAGAAACUUAAGCACCUCCUUAAAACUGUGAUUUGUGAUGUUAGAAAAAGACGCAAAAUUUCUGCAAACUUAGAGGACAUUGAAAAUAAAUCUGAACAAUCAGCAAAUAGACCGGUGAAAUUUCUUUCCCUAUGGAGAGACCUUGUCCUUAAAAAAGAAAAUCCGUUUUAUCUCCCCUUUUUCCGGUUUUUACUCUCUACCGAGGCAGAAAAUAGGAAGGCAGUGUUUAAGGUUCUAGGAAAAAUUAACAUUAUAGAGAAAGGAAAAAGACAAGCAAGACAUAAAAGUGGACUGAAACUCAUGGAUGUACCCGCCUUACAGCGAUAUUUCUAUGUGAGAUGUAUAAAACAUGUUACACACAUUUCUUGUGUGUCACCGAGAAAAAUAUGUAUCAGUGGCCAUGACAAAUGCAUCUUGACAAAUUCCAAAGGUAAAAGAUUACAUCAAGUGACAGAUAUGCCAAAAUCUCAUUGGAGAUAUGGAGUACACACAACGGACCUUCAGCAAAAUCUUAUUUACAUAGACAAAGAUUAUAAUGUUAACAAGCUUUCUAAGAAUUACUUGGAAACGUCAACGCUGAUAAACAGAACUGAAACGGGACAAUGGAGACCAAACUGUGUUUACUGUUCACCUAUUAAUGGAGAUUUUCUGGUCGGCAUGGUCAAAGGAAAUUCAGGCAUAGUGAAACGUUACAAUAGCACAGGACAAGAAAUAAAGGGGCCGUUUCUCUUAUUAGGAUUGUAUAAAUAUCCUACCUAUAUAACAGAGAACUGUAAUCAAGAUGUAGUGGUGUCUGAAUUAAAUAAUUAUUUUAACAUUGAAGGUGCUGUAGUGGUGACAAAACUUGACAGAAACCAUCGCUUCUCAUACAAGGGCCCUCCAUCUGGUUUAAGUCUAUGUCCACAAGGAAUCUGUACUGACGCGCUUUCACACAUUCUGGUUUGUGAUUUGCACAGUAGCACAGUACAGAUGAUUGACAAGGAAGGCCACUUCCUUUCACUGAUACUGACACAACAGAGAGGAAUAAACGGCCUAAGUUAUGAUAAAACGACACAUUUACUUUGGAUUGGAUUUCAGGGGGGCAACAAAAUAUGUGUAUACAAAUAUUUAACCAAAUAUGACCAUUUGGCAGGUGAUUAUGGUACAGGCAGAGAUAAUGUUGCUGCUGCUGCUUCAACUUAUGGAGAUGAAAACGAUGAGAAGGAUGAUGAUUCUGAUGACGAUGCUGCUGCUGAUACUGCUAAUGAAGAUGCUGGUCCUGAUUCUUAUGCUGAUGAUGCUCAUGAUAAUGAUGAGGAUGCUGAUAGUGAAAGUGAUGAGGAUGCUGAUAGUGAAAGUAAUGACGAUGCUGCUGAUGUUGAUAUUAAUGAUUCCGUUGCUGCUGAUGAUCCUCUAGCUGGUCAUGUCCUCUUUGAUUGUGCUGAUUUAAUUGCUGAUGAUCCUCUAGCUGGUCAUGUCCUCAUUGAUUGUGCUGAUUUAAUUGCUGAUAUCGAUGUGACUGAUAAGGGUGCUGAUGUAGUGAUUCCAAAAUAUAAGACUGAGUCUGAUCAACAUAUGGAUCAAAGUAUUAAUUCAAGCUGA